GAAAUCUUCGAGUGACGAAACGAAGUUUGUAUCCCCUUCAACUGCUAACAAUAAUCCUUUUCUUGGCGAUCUUGCCGAGGACCCAGGAAGCGACUUCGGGCUUGUUCAAACUUCCAAUCUUAUUGUCACGGAGAAUUUGCUUGAAGCGCACACUGUUGAAGAAUAUCCGGUUGACGCUGGUGUAGAAGAAGGUGGUGGUCCUCUUCUAGAAUAUAGCGCAACAAAACAAUCAGAGCAGUCGUCACCAGUUGUUUCUGGUUACUCUACUACAAGCGGGGAGAAAAGCACGGACAAGACCAGCCGAUCAAUCGAUUUCACUCCUUCUGGAGUCGUGGAUGAAAGCAACACCAACUAUAUUAUCGCCAGUAGUUCCAGUUGUACUGGCACAGCUAGUGCCAAACAAGAAGAAGCUGCGAUUCCAUUAGUAGCGACAACACCCGUUUCCGCAACUCAGGGUUUAGUUCCUUUAUUGGAGACAGAAGAAGAAAACUUAUUUGGUGGUGCAGUGCGCCAGCAUUCGACCGAAGGCGACUCCACUGUGACUUCAGAAAACGCCGCAGGACAGCAGGCUUUAGGCGCCCCGGUUGCAGGUCUACAGGCCAAGGCUGCCAGUAGCACCACAGCUUCAGCUGUUUGUGCCGGCAUAACAGUUCUUCCGCCACCGAAGCGGCUUCUGACGAAUCGGGCUACUGGGGUAGCAACUGGUCCUGGUGGGACAACAGUCAUAACUCGGGGCGCACCACAACAUUUAGUUCGAGGCGGCCUUCCCUGCGGUGCGCCUAUCGGGUCUCCUGGUUACAAUCCGAACCCCCCUAUCGGACCACCACCGGGUGUUGUGGUGCCCGGCGUGCCCACACAAGUAGUUGCAAUUAUGGCGAAGGGUGGCAAGAAAGGAAGCCGGAGCAUCGCGGGAGGGCAGUACGAUGGCAAAGGCAGUGGGAAGAUGACGCAAAUAGGACACAUGGGGAAACCUGCUGGGAUGAUGGGAAAGCCGGUCGCGGUCGUUCCGAAUCCCCGCAUGUGGGGUCACCAACUGCCACCGCUACCCUUGGGUGGCAAGGGCGCAGCGGGCCAGAUGACGCCGAUGAGCGCGGCGAGCAGCGGCGGCUCGCCAGCGUACAGCAUCACCUCAAGUGGACAGUCCCCGACUCUAAUUACCAAC